AUGAACAGUGCAGAUCUUCCCCUAUCGAUCCCCCUGGCCAACGGGACGCGUGCGAGACGCUGCGCUGCCGAGCUCGAGACAGCCGAAAAGGACGGUCUUCUCCGUCGUCCUCGUCCAUCGGGCGGACAGCGGGCGGACAUCAUGGCGGUGUACUCGUUUUUCAUCUUUGACCGCCACACGGAGUGCAUCUACACGAAGCACUGGAAGGAAGGCGGAGCGUCGACGACGGUCGGCACGACGAGCAAGGACGAUGCCAAGCUCAUCUUCGGCACCAUCUUCUCGCUGCGCAACAUGGUGCGCAAGCUGGGCGGCGACGACGACGCGUUCAUCAGCUUCCGCACGGCGCAGUACAAGCUGCACUACUACGAGACGCCGACGAAUCUGCGGUUUGUCAUGCUGACCGACACGUCGGUCAUGAGCAUGCGCAACGUGCUACAUCAGAUCUACAUCAACCUGUGGGUGGAAUACGUGGUCAAAAACCCGUUGGCUCCCGUCGAGCAUCCCGGCGGCGAAGGUGUCAAGAACGAGCUGUUUGAGCUGGGCAUCGACCAGUUCGUCCGGGGUUUGUUGUGA